UGGAUUUCAAUGGUGACCCAACUCAACAGCCUUGAAGGUCCAGAGUCAGAGAGUCAGAACCAUCCGUCAGAGCUUUGCAGAGGUACUUGGCGACAAGUACCACUACGCGAAUGCCAUCAACAGCUCUCUGCUCUGGACUGUUGGGUACACCCCCCUACAUUCCCCCAGUUCUGAAAGGAAGAAGCUUCCCCCUCUGUGAGAGCUUCUUCCUGGAUGAGUGGGAGGCCACUGACACUCCAGCAGACUCCUCAGGUUCUGUCCACAGUGUUCCAUCAAGGAAGACACACCGAACCAGUCGUUGCAGGCCUAGGUAUCUCAGGUUCUGGAUCCACCAGUGUUGCCCAUUAUGGAGAAUGACCUGAAUCCAGUCUGCAUGCAGGCCUAGGUUCUCGGUUCUGUCCACAGUGUUUCCCAUUUUGGAGAAUGACCUGAUCCAGUCUGCUGCAGGCCUAGUGUCUCAGGUUCUGUCCACCAGUGUUUCCAUUGCUGGAGAAUGACCGGAUCCAGUCUGCUGCAGGCCUAGUGUCUCAGGUUCUGUCCACCAGUGUUUCCAUUGCGGAGAAUGACCUGAUCCAGUCUUGCUGCAGGCCUAGUGUCUCAGGUUCUGUCCACCAGUGUUUCCAUUGUGGAGAAUGUACCUGAUCCAGUCUGCUGCAGGCCUAGUAUGUCAGGUUCUGUCUACCAGUGUUUCCAUCGUGGAGAAUGACCGGUUCCAGUCUGCUACAAAUCUAGUGUCUCAGGAUGAGGACUCCACCCUGAGAGCCUCCAACCAACCUGAGGUCCAUGUGGCUGAUGUGUCAACCAAGGGAAGUAGACUUACCAUCACUAUUUCUAUGGGUUCAACCAAGAGUAGCCAUGUUGCUUUACGUGAAGUUGAUGCUAGUGCUACCAGCCUGGAGCAGUCUGCUGAGAAAAUGUCUUACCUCUACUACUGAUGUCAACUGACAUCUCAUCAACUGCUGCUGCCAAGAAGAAGAAGAGGUGUGGAUUAUUCUCAUCUCUCUGGAGAGCUCUCAGGGGGACGAACAAGAAGCCUGUAAGUAAUAACUCAUACUGUAAUUCUCUUUUGUACUUAACAUAAUCAUUUAUCAACUAUUUUGAUGCUAAUAUCCAGUGACAAUGGCUGUCUGUAAAAUAGGUUUUCUAUAUUUUAUACCUUUCGUUUUUCAGGCUAAAGUGGCUUCCAAGAAAGAGGAUGAAAUCAACAAGGAUGAGAGCCGCCUCACCUGCCACCACAACACUAUACAGGGAGAUCACUGA